CGCGGCUCGCCCAUCCACGGAUCCCAACCGCUCGUGUCAACCCGCCUCCCUCCAUUUCCACCCUACCCGCCGCCGCAGCCAAAACCUAAAACCCACACCAACCAAUGGCGGCGAGCAGCGCAGACCUCGCCGACGACGGCUUCCCGGCGCCGCGCCUCUUCUCGCAGGGCGUCUCCUACACCUACGACGACGUCAUCUUCCUCCCGGGCUACAUCGGCUUCCCCGCCGACGCCGUCGACCUCUCCACCCGCCUCUCCCGCCGCGUGCCCCUCUCCAUUCCCUGCGUCGCCUCCCCCAUGGACACCGUCUCCGAGGCCUCCAUGGCCGCGGCCAUGGCCUCGCUCGGCGCCGCCGCCGUCGUGCACUGCAACACCGAGCCCCACGCCCAGGCCGCCAUCGUCCGCGCCGCCAAGUCCCGCCGCCUCCCGUUCGUGUCUUCCGUGCCCAUCUUCUCUACGUCCUUCGCCCCGUCGCUCGACGAAUUCGCUGGCCAAGAGUACGCCCUCGUCACUGAGCGCGGGGAUUCACUCUCCAGGCUCGUCGGUGUCGCUGUGGCAGCCGAUGCCGCCUCCCGCGAGGCUCCUGUCCCUGUCUCCGAGUACAUGCGCGUUGCCCCGCGCUCGGCCUCCGCCUCCUUCGACUUCGAGCAAGCAGCCGCCUUCCUUGCCGAUGAGGGUUUGGACUACGCCCCUCUCGUAUCCGCGGACGGUGAGGUCAUCGACCUCAUCACCGCCAAGGACGUGGAGCGCAUCCGGAGCUAUCCUAAGCUAGGCAAGCCAUCUCUCGGAGCGGAUGGGAAGUUCGUAGUUGCCGCCUCCAUUGGAACCCGUGAGGAUGACAAGCGAAGGCUGGAGCAGCUAGUUAAGGCGGGGGCAAAUGCCAUCGUGAUCGAUAGCUCGCAGGGGAACUCCAUCUAUCAGCUUGAUAUGAUUAAGUAUGCAAAGAAGAUGUAUCCCGAGGUGGAUUUGGUCGGAGGCAAUGUGGUGACAAUUGCGCAGGCGCAGAAUUUGGUCCAAGCUGGAGCAGAUGGGUUGCGUGUUGGAAUGGGCUCUGGCUCAAUCUGCACUACCCAGGAGGUUUGUGCUGUAGGCAGAGGACAGGCUACAGCAGUGUAUAAGGUUUCAUCUUAUGCCAAGGAUCACAAUGUACCAGUUAUUGCGGACGGGGGAAUUUCAAAUUCUGGACAUAUUGUGAAAGCUCUGUCACUGGGAGCGUCCACUGUUAUGAUGGGCAGCUUUUUAGCUGGCAGUCAUGAAGCUCCUGGUACUUAUGAGUACAAGGAUGGCCGUCGAGUAAAAAAAUACAGAGGCAUGGGCUCUCUCGAAGCAAUGACAAAGGGGAGUGAUGCAAGGUACCUUGGUGAUACUCUCAAGCUCAAAGUCGCGCAGGGAGUUGUUGGAGCAGUAGCUGACAAAGGUUCUGUGCUGAGGUUUAUUCCUUAUACAAUGCAAGCAGUUAAGCAAGGAUUCCAAGAUCUUGGUGCAUCCUCUCUGCAGUCUGCUCAUGAUCUUCUGCGAUCAGAGACUCUUAGAUUAGAGGUGAGGACUGGCGCUGCCCAGGUUGAAGGAGGAAUCCAUGGGCUAGUCUCGUACGAGAAGAAGGCAUUCUAGUUGCAUAAUCAUUCAACAAUCGGGACAGAGUGGUGUUAGUUGAAUUUUCAACCUGAGCAGCAAGUGUACCAUCUACCUAGCGUAAUAAUCCUUCAGCAUUGGAACGGUCAUAUGAACUUGACUCCCCCACCCCCCCAGUUUUGGUUUUGUUACGAGGAAGACUCCUAUUUCAAUGAUUGGAUCUGCUGAUCGAUGUACUCUUUUCCUGCCCUGUUCAAAUUAUUAUCCUGUUGUAGUAGCAAAUAAUAGAGCUUCUUCAUGAUAAAAUGUUUAGCUUGUACUUUCAGCUACUUCAUCGCACCCAUUAGCCGCACCUUUUUGUUUCCCUACUCAGGGUCCCAAUCCAACCCGAGUCGUAAUCAGCCAGGCCCGUUUCUGAGCUGACAUGGGGAAGCAAGGAUAUAGUGGGUGCUGGCAAUUAGUCCUUGUCAUUCUUCUAAGCAACAACUACUCGUGUUGACAUCCAGGCUUUGCUUGCAUUUCUGGUCAAGCAUCGCUAUCCGCUGUCUAAGUAGCCUUUAUAAUCGGACUUGUCGUCAUUGUUA